AAUUACCCUCGAUCUUAACCUUAAAGUCUUCACCAAAGUUCAAAUGAUUAUCAUAAUUUUAUCGUUCUUAUUAAGUUAACAAACGAACAAAGCAAUGUUCUAGUCGUCCAUGACGUAUUAAUCAGAACGCAAGUAAUUUUAUACCAUGACUAAGAAAUGUAUCUUUUAAUCUUACUAUUAAUUUUAUUUUAAAUUUUAAAUACACAAAACAAUUGCUCAAAUUGAUUAAAUAUUUUAACAAUGGUUAGUCUAAAUAAAUCGUUUAUCUAUGGAAUAUUUGUCGCAUCCUUUACGUGGUGCAUUUGUUUAUAUUUGUAUUAUCAAUUGAGUCUCACUGAAAAGGCACAUGCCCAUUCAGCUACUAGACAAUAUCUUAUUAACAAUAAUGUGUUGGAUGUUGAGGAGGAUUUGAAACAUCUCUCCAUUGGCAAAGGCAAUUUUAAGAAGGCAUGGAGUCAGAAUGUAAAUGUAGGUUUUAAUAGUGAGAAAUUAUUGAAACAAUUACAGCCAGUUCCAGUUGAAGGUUUAGAUGAGAUUGGGCUGGUAAAAACAUUAGCUGAUCAAGAAACCAAAGACUAUGGAUUUAAAAUACAUGCUUUUAACAUCUUAGUCAGUAAUAGACUGGCUUUGGAUAGGAGUGUGCCUGAUACAAGGAACAAAUUAUGUAAAACCAUUGAUUAUGACAUCAAACAACUGCCAACAGCGAGCAUAAUCAUAUGCUUUUACAACGAACACAAUACAACAUUAAUCCGCUCGAUAAUCUCAGUAUUAAACCGAACACCGGAACACCUCCUCCAUGAAGUUAUCUUAAUUGAUGAUUUUAGCGACUUGCCCGACUUACACGACCAGAUCGACCGCUACAUAUCGACGAAUGCCCAUCAUGAAGGCAUGAGUAAAGUUGAAUUAUAUAAAACUCGACAAAGGGAAGGUCUGAUUCGUGCGAGAAUGUUUGGUGCACGUAAAGCCACGGGCGAUGUGCUUAUUUUCCUCGACAGUCACAUAGAAGUGAAUCAGGAUUGGAUCCAACCGCUUUUACAACGUGUGCAUGAAGAUAAGACAAAUGUCGCGAUGCCUGUGAUUGAUGUAAUUAAUGCGCAGACUUUUCGGUAUGCAUCUAGUCCAUUGGUCAGGGGUGGAUUUAACUGGGGACUACAUUUUAAAUGGGAAAAUCUACCAACUGGGACUUUGAAAGAUGAGAAAGAUUUUAUUAAACCAAUCAAGAGUCCUACAAUGGCUGGUGGUUUAUUUGCUAUGGACAGGAAGUAUUUUAAUGAGCUGGGGGAGUAUGAUCCAGGGAUGAAUAUUUGGGGUGGAGAAAAUUUAGAAAUAUCAUUCAGAAUUUGGAUGUGUGGUGGACGGCUAGAACUCAUCCCUUGUAGCAGAGUUGGUCAUGUUUUCCGCCAGAGACGUCCAUACAGCUCUCCAGAUGGUCAAGACACAAUGUUAUAUAAUUCCAUGCGUGUUGCGCAUGUCUGGAUGGAUGACUACAAAUCUUACUACUUAAAUUCAAGAAAAGGUGAAAAAGUCGACUAUGGAGACAUUUCCGCUCGUAUAAAACUACGUGAAGAAUUACAUUGUAAGAAUUUUACUUGGUAUCUAAAGAAUGUGUAUCCUGAAUUGGCACUGCCCGAUGAUAAUGCAGAAAAAGCGAAAAAGUGGUCUGCAUUAGAUCAAGAUAAAUUCCAGCCGUGGCAUUCGCGUAAACGUAACUAUACGAAACAGUUUCAAAUUAGGUUGAGCGAGAGUAACCUCUGCGUGCAGGCUGUGAAAGAUGUCAAAGCCAAGGGGAGUUUAUUGGUGUUGAAACAAUGUAUUCGUGGUAAACAACAGAUGUGGUUCGAAACAGAUCGAAGUGAAUUUGUCCUCGCGCAGUUACUAUGCCUGAAUGCACAUCAACCCGAACCGAAUCUCUAUAAAUGCCACGAAAUGGGUGGUGAUCAAGAAUGGAAACACAAAGGAGAAAAACACUCACCCAUUUACAACAUGGCCGCCGGAACUUGCCUAGGAGUACGAAAAGCUGAAAUCGGAUCUAUCGUAAUCAUGACGCUGUGCAAUGAACCGACUUUUAACAAAUGGGACUUGAUUGAAACAUGACUUAAACAUUCCUUGUAAUUUAACCUGACGGAUAAGACUGUGACUACUAACGACGAUUGAAUAAGGAUGUUAUUUUUUGAGUAUCUACAAUUAAACGAUUAUAUUAAUAAUAAUUCAAACGUAUACAAA